UUCACCACUGCACUUCCCCCUCUUUCUAAAACUUGAAAUUUAAACAAACAAAGAAACCCCAAAAAAAAAAAAAAAAGCUUCACUCUUGUCUCCAAGAGUGAGUAACAACAGAAUAAUCAAAAGAAAUGGAAAACAACACUGAAUCUGAGAAUACAAAAGGCAAAGGAAUUCCAAUUCACGGUGGAAAAUACGUACAAUACAACGUAUUAGGCAACAUUUUCGAAGUCUACUCCAAAUACAUUCCCCCUCUUCAACCCGUUGGUCGUGGUGCUUACGGCGUCGUUUGCUGUGCAACGAACUCAGAAACCGAAGAAGGUGUUGCGAUAAAGAAGAUUGGGAAUGCAUUUGAUAAUAGAAUUGAUGCUAAGAGAACACUUAGGGAAAUCAAACUUCUCCGUCACAUGGAUCAUGAUAAUGUGAUUAAAAUUAAGGACAUAAUUAAGCCAGCUGAUAAGGAAAACUUUGAUGAUGUGUAUAUUGUGUAUGAAUUGAUGGAUACUGAUUUGCAUCAGAUUAUACAAUCUAAGCAGGCUCUCACGGAUGAGCACUGUCAGUAUUUUCUAUAUCAACUCUUGAGAGGAUUGAAGUACAUACACUCUGCAAAUGUUUUGCACCGAGAUCUAAAACCAAGCAAUUUACUUCUCAAUGCAAACUGUGAUCUCAAAAUAUGUGACUUUGGGCUUGCCAGAACAACCUCCGAGACAGAUUUCAUGACAGAAUAUGUUGUGACUCGUUGGUACAGAGCCCCUGAAUUGCUACUGAAUUGUUCAGAAUAUACUGCUGCUAUUGAUGUAUGGUCGGUUGGUUGCAUUUUGAUGGAGAUAAUUAGAAGGGAGCCUCUAUUUCCUGGUAAAGAUUAUGUUCAGCAAUUGGCGAUCAUAACUGAGUUGUUAGGUUCACCAAAUGAGUCUGAUCUUGGAUUCCUCAGAAGUGAUAAUGCAAAGAAAUAUGUUAAGCAGCUACCGCACGUAGAAAAGCAGCCCUUUGCAGAGAGGUUUCCUGAUAUAUCCCCACUGGCAGUUGAUCUUGCUGAGAAAAUGUUGGUUUUUGAUCCCUCCAAACGCAUAACUGUUGAGGAAGCACUGAAUCACCCAUAUAUGUCAAGUCUUCAUGAGAUCAACGAGGAGCCUGUUUGUCCAUCCCCAUUCGUCUUUGAUUUUGAACAGGCAACUUUGAACGAAGAUGAUAUAAAGGAGCUCAUAUGGAGGGAGUCUCUGAACUUCAGCCUGGAGCAGAUAUUGGAAUAGCCGUGGCGCAAUGGUCUUUUUCUAGAAAUACAGGUUUGUGGUUGGGCUAGAAAGUUUAAUUCUAGAAAACAUGUUAUAGAAGGUUUAUUAUAGGUUUGGAGUUGCAAGAAUGAGUGGUGCAUGUAAUCCUGUAAUCUGUAGUCAGUGAUCAGAAAGACUGGUUCUCCCAGUCCUGUUGUCAUGAGAGAGCAAUGUUUUCUCUUUUCCUUUGUUUCUCGGUGAUUGUUAUAUACAUAAUAGAGGGGCUUAUGCCUCCAAGCCUUUGUCUUUGUCUUUAUAUUGUAUAAAUCCAAAUAUAGUAGCCAUCCAAAAUUUGUUAAGAUAAGCCACAAUAUAGUGACUUUUGUUUACAUAUGCUUAAUCUUGGUUUGGUUUCGUUCUCAUUA